UGCAGCGCCACGGAAGAGGGAAGGGGAGUUGAGGGGCGGUCCCAAGGGAAGGAGGGCGGGAGAAAGCCGGCGCUCCGGGACAAGCCUCCCGUGGGUCCCGCCCCCGUCACGUGGGCUCCAGACCCGGCCGCUGCCGCUCGGUCCGCUGGUUGGUCGGUCAGUUGGUCGGUGGGUCAGUGGCCUGCAGCUCGCUUUUCGCCUCUCAUGUUCGGAGGUGGGAGGGACACGGGAGCGGCCCGCACACCUGAGCCGCCCGGACAGGAGCCCUGCACCCAGGAGAAGGAGGAGACCGAGGGGCAAGGAGUCAUGGCUUCCGAUGCCAGCCACGCGCUGGAAGCCGCUCUGGAGCAAAUGGACGGGAUCAUCGCAGGCACUCAGACAGGUGCAGAUACCAAUGACAGUGGCUGUGAGCCUGCUCGAGCCUCUCCGGCCUCCCACACAAACCCCUUUCCAGUGCUCCAUCUCGUUGAGGACUUGAAACUGGCCCUGGAGAUGCUGGAGCAACCCCAGGAGAGAGCAGCCCUCCUGAGCCAGAUCCCGGGCCCCACAGCUGCCUACAUAAAGGAGAGCUUGUCCCAGGUAAAUCACCAAGGUGCUGCUAAUAAUGAAACGUACCAGGAACGUUUGGCACGUCUAGAAGGAGAUAAGGAGUCCCUCAUUUUACAGGUGAGUGUCCUCACAGACCAAGUGGAAGCCCAAGGAGAGAAGAUCCGGGACCUGGAAGUGUGUCUGGAAGGACACCAGGUGAAACUCAAUGCUGCUGAAGAGAUGCUUCAGCAGGAGCUGCUAAGCCGCACAUCUCUUGAGACCCAGAAGCUCGAUCUGAUGACUGAAGUUUCUGAGCUGAAGCUCAAGCUGGUUGGCAUGGAGAAGGAGCAGAGAGAGCAGGAGGAGAAGCAGAGAAAAGCAGAGUCAGUUCUGAAUGUGAUCAGUGAGCUGCAGGAGCAGAUGUGUAGUCUGCAGCUGGACAUCCACAGGCAGAUCCAGGAGCGCCUCUCACUCAGGAGGGGUGUCCCUGACGAGGUGGCGCCCGAGGAUGGCACCGCCGAGCCCCCGGCCUGCAGCCAGGACUGCGCCUAUUGGGAGGGGUCACCUGAGUUACUGCAAGAGCUCAGGCACCUCAAAAUCAAGGUGGAAGAAUUGGAGAAUGAACGGAAUCAGUACGAAUGGAAGCUGAAGGCCACUAAGGCUGAGGUGGCCCAGCUGCAAGAGCAGGUGGCCCUGAAGGCUGCUGAAAUCGAGCGUCUGCACAGCCAGCUCUCCCGGACUGCGGCCCUCCACAGUGACCAUGCAGAGAAAGACCAAGAAAUUCAACGUCUGAAAAUGGGGAUGGAAACUUUGCUUGUUGCCAAUGAAGAUAAGGACCGUCGGAUAGAGGAGCUCACGGGGCUGCUAAACCAGUACCGAAGGGCGAAGGAGAUGAUGAUGGCAACACAAGGGCCUUCGGAAAGAACUCUCUUAAUCAAUGAAGAAGAACUCGAGGGAAGUUUCAGAAAGUGGAACAGUGUGAAUAAAGGCCCUGAAGAAUUCUUUAAACCAGAGAUGCCUCCAAGAUGUAACUCUCCCGCCGUGGGGCCACCUCCACUACCACAGAAAUCGCUGGAAACCAGAGCUCAGAAAAAACUCUCAUGUAGCCUAGAAGACCUAAGAAGUGAACCUGUGGACAAGUGUGUCAACGGGAACCAGCUCUCCCCUGGGGUGGAAACCAAGGACAACCCUUUCCUGGUGGAGCACAAAUACCCCACGUUACCUGGGAAGCUUUCAGGAGCGACACCCAAUGGAGAGGCUGCCAAGUCGACUGCCACUGCCUCACAGCCCGACCCCGCAGGGAGCAGCCUGCUGCGGCUGAGAGACACAGAAAGUGGUUGGGACGACACCGCCGUGGCCAACGAUCUCUCAUCCACAUCCUCGGGCACUGACUCAAGUCCCCAGUCUCCCCUGACCCCAGAUGGUAAACGGAGCCCCAAAGGCAUCAGGAAGUUCUGGGGAAAGAUCCGAAGAACUCAGUCCGGGAACUUCAACACCGACGCCCCAGGGAUGGCGGAGUUUCGACGAGGUGGGCUCCGGGCAACUGCAGGGCCAAGGCUCUCUAGGACCAGAGACCCCAAGGGUCAGAAAUGUGACGCUGGCGCCCCCUUUGCCCAAUGGAGCACGGAGCGCGUGUGCGCAUGGCUGGAGGACUUCGGCCUGGGCCAGUACGUGAUCUUUGCCCGGCAGUGGGUGACUUCUGGCCACACUUUACUGUCAGCUACCCCUCAGGACAUGGAAAAGGAGUUGGGGAUUAAGCAGCCUUUGCACAGGAAAAAGCUGAUUUUGGCCGUGAAAGCCAUCAACACCAAGCAGGAGGAGAAGUCGGCCCUGCUGGACCACAUCUGGGUGACACGUUGGCUUGAUGAUAUUGGCUUACCACAAUACAAAGACCAGUUCCAUGAGUCCAGAGUCGAUGGGCGAAUGCUACAGUACCUAACUGUGAAUGAUCUCCUCUUCUUAAAAGUCACCAGCCAACUGCAUCAUCUCAGCAUCAAAUGUGCCAUUCAUGUGCUUCACGUCAACAAGUUCAACCCCCACUGCCUGCACCGGCGGCCAGCUGAUGAGAGUAACCUUUCUCCUUCAGAAGUUGUGCAGUGGUCCAACCACAGGGUGAUGGAGUGGUUGCGAUCCGUGGACCUGGCAGAGUACGCACCCAACCUUCGUGGGAGUGGUGUCCAUGGAGGCCUCAUCAUCCUGGAGCCACGCUUCACUGGGGACACCCUAGCUAUGCUUCUCAAUAUUCCACCACAAAAGACGCUCCUCAGACGCCACCUGACCACCAAAUUCAAUGCCCUGAUUGGUCCCGAGGCUGAGCAGGAAAAGCGAGAGAAAAUGGCCUCACCAGCGUACACACCACUGACCACCACAGCCAAAGUCCGGCCAAGGAAACUAGGAUUUUCCCAUUUUGGCAACAUAAGAAAAAAGAAAUUCGAUGAGUCGACGGACUACAUUUGCCCCAUGGAGCCCACUGACGGUGCUGGUGACAGUCAGAGGGCCUACAGUGGCUACCGGGGCUUCAGCCCCCUCGAUGGCCCUGAACUGGAUGGGCUGGACCAGGUGGGACAGAUUCGCUGAUGGCCUUGUUACCGUCCUGUCUGUGCACCCUGAGAGCUUCACCGUAACAUCGCGUGUGUCCCCACAGAGCUGCGCCUUACCCCCCGCCCCGUGCAUGCCUCACAGAGAACAUUCCGGCUGCUGUGUACCCCUGGCCAGUGUCUCUCAGAACUCUGGGGGGUGGCCAGGGUAAUGGAGUGGCACUUUUGCUAAGGGGCCAGGCUUUGGGGACUCUUGCCAAAAUGGACUCGGGAGGAAAGACACAAGGAUGAUUGUACAUUUGUAGUAACUCUUAGUGGCCAUCUUCAGCACUGGUGGAAACA